GGCUCACUGCAGCCUCCACCUCCUGGGCUCAAGUGAUCCUCCCACCUCAGCCUCCCGAGUAGCUGGAACUACAGGUGCAAAACACCAUGCCCAGCGAAUUUUUGUGUUGUUUUGCAGAGAUGGGGUUUUGCAGUGUUGCUCAGGCUAGUCUCGAGCUCCUGGGCUCAAGCAAUCUGCUUGAGGCCUCCCAAAGUGCUGGGAUUACAGGAAUGAGCCACCACGUACUGGUCUUUUUUCUUUUCUUUCUUUCUUUUUCUUUUUCUUUUUUUUUUUUUUUUUUUUGAGACAGAGUCUUGCUCUGUCACCAAGGCUGGAACGCGAUGGUGCAAUCAUAGCACUGCAACCUUGAACUCCCGGGUUAAAGUUGUCUUCCCUCCUCAGCCUCCCGAGUAGCUAAGACUACAGGCAUGCACCACAAUCCUUUGUUAAUUUUUUUUUUUUUUUUUAUAAGGACCGGGGUCUCACUAUGUUACUCAGGCUGGUCUCCAACUCCUAGCCUCAAGCAAUCCUUCUGCCUUGGCCUCCCAAAGUGCUGAUAUUAUAGGCAUGAACCAUCACACCCGACCCUAAAAAUGUUUAUUCUCUUUUUGAGAUGUUUCUUCUUUCAGCAUGGCAUGAUUUGCAGUAACACUUUAGGUUUGAUUGCCACUCCAUUAUUAUUUGUUCACAUUUAUGAGGCCACACUCACCCCAGGCAGUUGUUUAUGAAAUCGGACAUGACUCAUUGAUCUGUGAGCAUCGAUUCCUAGAACAAUCAACAGACUGAAAGAAAUGCACCCAAACUUAAAUCACUGUAUGCAUUCACCAACGCAAAAGGAAAAUUCUCAUUUGUUUCACUUUUCAUUUCCAAAUAUGAUAUACCAGGAGAGGUCCCAGCUUGGUAUCAAUUAGAAAAAAAUACUGUAAGAAAAUUGCAAAGCACCAGAGGACAUUUUGAACCUUGGGGGAGGACUAGGUUAGACUCCAUUGAUCAAAAUAACUGUGCUCAUUCUGGAUUAGGGCCCCACAGCCACCUGAUCAGAGCCUUUAUAUCUGCAACCAGCAGCAAUUUUUCCACUAAUGAGCCACACACGGUGCAACUUUGAGGUUCUGCGAACCCAAUCGUGAUUUUUUUGUUCACUCAUAAGACAUUAGUCUUUAACCAUGGGGGACUGGAACUUAUUGGGUGGCAUCCUAGAGGAAGUUCACUCCCACUCAACCAUAGUGGGGAAAAUCUGGCUGACCAUCCUCUUCAUCUUCCGAAUGCUGGUACUUCGUGUGGCUGCUGAGGAUGUCUGGGAUGAUGAACAGUCAGCAUUUGCCUGCAACACCCGGCAGCCAGGUUGCAACAAUAUCUGUUAUGAUGAUGCAUUCCCUAUCUCUUUGAUCAGGUUCUGGGUUUUACAGAUCAUCUUUGUGUCUUCUCCUUCUUUGGUCUAUAUGGGCCAUGCACUUUAUAGGCUCAGGGCCUUUGAGAAAGACAGGCAGAGGAAAAAGUCACACCUUAGAGCCCAGAUGGAGAAUCCAGAUCUUGACUUGGAGGAGCAGCAAAGAAUAGAUAGGGAACUGAGGAGGUUAGAGGAGCAGAAGAGGAUCCAUAAAGUCCCUCUGAAAGGAUGUCUGCUGCGUACUUAUGUCUUACACAUCUUGACCAGAUCUGUGCUGGAAGUAGGAUUCAUGAUAGGCCAAUAUAUUCUCUAUGGGUUUCAAAUGCACCCCCUUUACAAAUGCACUCAACCUCCUUGCCCCAAUGCAGUGGAUUGCUUUGUAUCCAGGCCCACUGAGAAGACAAUUUUCAUGCUUUUUAUGCACAGCAUUGCAGCCAUUUCCUUGUUACUCAAUAUACUGGAAAUAUUUCAUCUAGGCAUCAGAAAAAUUAUGAGGACACUUUAUAAGAAAUCCAGCAAUGAGGGCAUUGAGGAUGAAACAGGCCCUCCAUUCCAUUUGAAGAAAUAUUCGGUGGCCCAGCAGUGUAUGAUUUGCUCUUCGUUGCCUGAAAGAAUCUCUCCACUUCAAGCUAACAAUCAACAGCAAGUCAUUCGAGUUAAUGUGCCAAAGUCUAAAACCAUGUGGCAAAUCCCACAGCCAAGGCAACUUGAAGUAGACCCUUCCAAUGGAAAAAAGGACUGGUCUGAGAAGGAUCAGCAUAGCGGACAGCUCCAUGUUCACAGCCCGUGUCCCUGGGCUGGCAGUGCUGGAAAUCAGCACCUGGGACAGCAAUCAGACCAUUCCUCGUUUGGCCUGCAGAAUACAAUGUCUCAGUCCUGGCUAGGUACAACUACGGCUCCUAGAAACUGUCCAUCCUUUGCAAUAGGAACCUGGGAGCAGUCCCAGGACCCAGAACCCUCAGGUGAGCCUCUCACAGAUCUUCAUAGUCACUGCAGAGACAGUGAAGGCAGCAUGAGAGAGAGUGGGGUCUGGAUAGACAGAUCUCGCCCAGGCAGUCGCAAGGCCAGCUUUCUGUCCAGAUUGUUGUCUGAAAAGCGACAUCUGCACAGUGACUCAGGAAGCUCUGGUUCUCGGAAUAGCUUCUGCUUGGAUUUUCCUCACUGGGAAAACAGCCCCUCACCUCUGCCUUCAGUCACUGGGCACAGAACAUCAAUGAACAUGCUUCUAGAACUUUCAUCUAUUAUGAAAAAAUAAUGCAUCAGGAGCAGCUGGUACCUGCAGGAGGAGAGUUGUGCCUUUGUCAGCUCAAACUGCAGGAAGCACUUUGGGACCCACACCCUCUGCAGACACCCACCAGGCGAAGGGCCCUGUUCAGGGUGCUCCCAGCCUGGGCUCACUUCCACAGGAGACCCUUCCCUUAUGGGGGCUGGGGACAGGUUCUCACCCUGCCUGGGCACACUGCUUGAGGGAGGUCUGAUGCUCGGGCAGGGAGGAGCUGUACACCGUCAGAGGAGAUCUAGGGACAAGAGCGGCUCUGCCUCGAGGAGGAGGAUUGGUAUAUGUCACCUCUUCCCCAGUCCCAGCACAGCCUGGUGGGAUAUUUUGCAAGAGAGUACCCCAGCUCUGCAGUGGCAGCAACAGUAGCAGUUGGCCCCUUAAACAUGGGUCCAGAGCAGGACUGGAGCUUUGUGCUCAGCCUGAGGUCAGAUGUGCUUCCUGUCUAUAAAGGAGAGGUUGACAAGAAACUUUUCAGGCUUUUCCUCUCACCAGUUCAUUUCUUGAGGAUGAACCAGUUGGAUUUUUAAUUCAUCAAUGGCAUGGAAAUAAAAUAUUGAUUAAAACACUGGCAAAC